CGCCAAAAUACCACCACGAAGGAUCAUGAACUUCGGAACUUACGCCGUCGGCUGAACGCACCAUAGCAUGGUCGGAGGCUCAGUUUGGCGCAGCUGUGCGUCACUGAUGAUUAUUCAGGUUGCGACUCUGAACACAAUCGUCCACCAGUGCCCACCUGAAUGCAUUUGUUUAUCUCAUGCUCAGGUGCUGUGCAACUCCGGUGGAUUGUCCGAGAUCCCGCUUAAGCUCCUGCCGCCGACCGUAGAACAACUGUCCUUCAAGAGGAAUCACUUCGCUGUCAUACGAAGCGACGCCUUCGCAGGCCUGCGAAUGCUCAAAAAGUUGUCGCUGGAUGGCAAUAACAUUUCCGUCAUAAAGCCUUUCGCGUUCCGAGGACUACCGCGGCUUAAGGAGCUUUCCAUACAGCACUCACCCCUGCCCACCCUAGCCCAGUUUGCCUUCGCAGGUUUACAGAACAUUACGUCCAUUAUUCUCAGCAACAAUAAGAUAAGAUUAGUUGAGUGUUAUUGCUUCGCCGGCACGUCGAACCUGAAACAGAUCGUGCUAAGUAACAACCCGAUAAUGAGGAUCCAAGCGAACGCGUUUAGCGGACUGACGAACGUCGAACGACUCCUGUUACCCUCCGGGAUCAGGAUCGUUGAGCCGGACGCUUUCAACGGUCUCGAACAAGUGGGCUUCCUCAAGCUGGCUUACAUGGAUUUACGAACGGUCGCUUCCGGCACGUUCCGAGGUACGUUUUCUCCUGUAUAUGUGAGUAUACGUAUAAAGGUACGUGUAAAGUUCGAAAAUUCUCGCUACGACCGCAAUGGGACUCCAAAACAGCUCCCUACAAAGUCCCUAAGGUUUAUGUGUAAAAUGUAGUUAACGAUCACGAUUUUUCUACCUCUUCACGCGUUUGGUUUACCUGUCUAUCUUUUAAAACAGGCAGUAUUGUAGUUGGCGAAGUGCACAACUCAAGGAAACCCGUCAGGAUUUCGAUUAAUCGCUACUCGAAAGUUUUACAGUGUCGGAAACAAUAAAUUAACCAUUUCGAAACUUUGAUAGUCUACAAUAAAGUUCUGUCAACUGAUAGAAAUGCCUACAAAAACUGUUCCGCCUUACUACGCACAACUAGAUAUUAAGUAUUUUUAUGUCUUUAUCAAUAAAUAAUUUAUUAAAAAGUUCUACAAAUUUAUAAGUAUGGUAGCACUAUGAUUUAUGUUUAAUAUAUUAGUAAAAGUAUAAAGAGAAAAUUUCGAUUUCAAAAUAAGGAGC